CUUUCCCCGAGCGGAUGGGGCGGGCCUUGCACGGGAAGUCCCGUGCGGGUGAGCGGGAGCGGACUCGCAGAGACGGGCGGUAUCUAAGGAGACAUGAUUCUCUGGCGGGCAUACCAGCAAGUACUGGCUGCUCACCCAUGGAAGGUACAGAUUCUCACAUCUGGGUCCCUGAUGGGGAUAGGUGACAUCAUCUCUCAGCAGCUGAUAGAGAAACGGAGUUUAGAGAAGUACGAGGUCCACAGGACCCUAACCAUGGCUUUUAUAGGCUGCAGCUUUGUGGGCCCUGUGGUAGGUGGCUGGUACAAGGUUUUGGACCGACUAAUCCCUGGCAACACCAGGAUGGAUGCACUGAAGAAGAUGGUGGUGGAUCAGGGGGCCUUUGCCCCAUGUUUUUUGGGGUGCUUGCUUCCACUGAUUGGUACACUUGAUGGACUGUCAGCCAAGGAUAACUGGGCCAGACUGCGACGGGAUUACUCUGAUGCCCUCAUCACCAACUACUAUAUCUGGCCUACUGUGCAGUUGGCCAACUUCUACCUUAUUCCCCUUAUCUACAGGUUGGCUUUUGUCCAGUGCGUUUCUGUUGUCUGGAACACCUACCUAUCCUGGAAGUCACAUCAGGCCUGAGUCCUCCUCUCCUCAUGUCCCCCUACAUUGGAGCUGUACCUCUUGACCCUGGGAUGGGUUCAGAUGUCUUCAGAGCACUCCCAGACAGUUUUUAGGAUGCCAAGCCACUGGACAGAAAGGACUUCUGGGAUGGGACACUGAAAUGAAUCAACGCCCCCCCCCGCCCCAUGAAAUGUAAAUAGUACAGCCUUGCAAGUAGUUUUAGAAAAUGAAAACUGAUGUGUUUUACUUCCCUUGUUACCAUUAUGUGCAGUCUUUGCCUAAUUCUCUGCUCAUCUUUUCCUAACCUAUCCUUCUUCAAGUUUGGCUAGACCCUUAAUUCACCCUAGACCUUUACAGACAGCUCUGCCUUAACUAAAUGGCGGUGAUAAUUGAUGUGGUUUGUGGCUCUAGACACAGAAUACAGUUCCAACAGAGAGUCAAAGAUUUGUGAUGCUGUUUGGUAGUUCACCCCAACCUUUCCUACUCCCUGACUGAGGGAAAAAUUCAGUCAGCUCUGAAGCCAGAGCGAAGCACCUAUCCCUCUUUUUCCACCCUUCUUCCCUCACUUAAGAAUAAAAGAAUCAGCUAGGCUAGA